CUGCCAUACUGUUUCUUAACAAUACUUAUGUAACUCUAUAUACAUUCCACUCGACUGAACCCUGCUAGUGGAAAUUGAAAGCAGACUAGCUGUAGCAACAACUUGAAUGCCAGUUCUUCCCUUCUGCUUCGCGCCUUAAGUAGCUUUCUUGCCCAUUACCUUAACACUACUAUCCAGUGCUAUUAGCUCAGCAACCGAUGGGAAUUGACAGGCGCGACGGAGCCGGGGGACAAGCCCAAGUCCGGCGCAUCCCCGCUCCACCCACAGCCCAAACCAAUGUAGAGACUCCUAAGAACCAAUCAACACUCCCAAAGAAUAGAGGCCCUUCACCUCAGCGCCGGACACCAGCUCCAUCUGCACGCGCGAAGGAUGCGUCUUCAAUUCUCUGCUCACCUGCGGCGUCGAACAAGCGACACGAGCAGACGCCAAGCACAAAGAUAAGCAAGACCCUUCUUCGUCGCAGCCCACCUCAGGCCAUCGAAAAGGACGACGUGCCUGAGAGGGACAGCAGCCAGAAGCCAACUGCUCGCAGGGAAACCAGCUCAAGGGACAGUGGGCACCGCAGGCCAACCUCAGAAAGCAGCAGCUCGACCGUCAACGGAAAGAACAUUGUCAAGCAGCUGUCUGCCCUGGUUAAAAGUACUCGAGCGAAUCCCUCCGGGGCCUCCAGCUCUGGAACCAGCGCCUCCAAGCCCGCGCCGGCCGCGGCGCCAGCGCCAGCUCCGGCACCUGCUGUCGCGCCGAGGCAGCCGACACGCUCAGCUAGUGUGUGCCGAGACCGGAUGGCGGAGCGCCUGCCAGGUGACACGCGAAGCAGCAUGCUGCGUCGCUCAGCAUCCGUUGGCAAGGGCCGUGCGGCAUCCUCGCAGUCUGACUUCAUGCCGGAGCACGCCGGCGCCAAGAGCCGGCCUGUCAUUGCACGGACCGGCUCAGCAAGCGCGGUCCAGCCUCCUGUCCGGCCGCCCAUGCGGGACGCCUCGGCCGGUCGGCUGCGGCCGGCUAGCGCUUCAGUGAAGGGCGAUGUGUCACUGCACUCGAGCAGCAAGCUGACGACGAUCACGGAGGCGCCCUCGAGGCCCCCGGUGCCGGCUGCCAUUGCAGCGGCUGCACUGCAGGCCAGGCCCUCAUCCACGCCGUCGCGGCCGGUGCUUCCCCUAAACCUGGCGGCCCUGAAGCAGCAAGUUGUGCCGCCGCUCCUGUCCGCUGCCUCCGCCGCGUCCGCCGACCCGGGGAGCAGGACCUCCACAGAGGAGUCCGGGCCGCCGGUGCCCAAGCUGGAUCUGGGGGGCAUCCUGCAGCGGCGCGCGGAGGAGCAGGCGUCCGAGCCGGUGUUUGUUGUGGCGGCCUCCACGGAAGACGAGCUGCCGCCGCCGUCCAUGGCCUCCCAGAGCUCCCUGGUCGACAACAAGCGCAAGUCCAUAACCCAGCUGCCCAGCGCCAAGGAGGAGCCGGCUGAGCACUUCUACCUGUACCCCAAGGUCAACCCACAGGAGAAGAAGCGCAUCGAGGAUAUCUGCAAGGUGGUGCCCAAGCGGCAGCAGGUGGCCAUCACCGACCUCUUCAGCAAGAUGGUUGAGGCACGCCAAAACUGCGAGCAGAUGUGCUUCCGCGGACACCGCCUGCUGGACCAGGCCCAAGCCGAGUUCAAGAACCGUCUAGCCCAGAAGGAGGAGGAGGUGGCACAGACAAAGGAGGAGGCCAUGCAGUGGAGGCAAGAGGCCGAGUUCCUGCGGGCGCAGCUGGCGCUGCUGCUGGGCGCACGGCAGCCGGAGGAGUACAUGGACGAGUACUCGCCGGCUCCGGGCCACUCUGAGCGCCAACAAGAGGAGGGAGAGGGAAGCGCCACAAGCGACCUGCGCAACAGCUUCAUGUCGGCGUUCGACCGCAUUGGGUUGCUGGGCUCAGCCGGAGCGGGCAUGGCAUACAGCAACGACGUGCAGGAGUAUGCUGACGGUUGACUUGAUGGUGAUUAGAAGUGCUGUAUUGCGUGUUGAGCGUUUCGUGCGGUGAUGUGUGGGUCGCGUUAUGGGAGGGUUGACAGGAGGGGCGACAAACGAUUUUCGUUAUCCUAUUAUACAAAGCUGUAGGAGGGAACGCUGCGUAUCACGAACAUGGUGCUUGGGUUUCAUUUGCGGUCCCAGCACUUUCGCAGGAUUGGAUCUAUAACGGUGUACGGAGUCAAACUGAGAACUUCAGAUUCAUGGGCGACUUGUCAAUCAAUGUUAUUGUUGCUUCAAAUAUGCAACUCACUUUUGGGAAUCGUUGCUCCUUGCCGGUCGCCACCAGGCGGGCACCGCGCAGGGUGACAAUUGCGGUCCGAGCCGAUGGUUCUGUUCAGGACCUAUUAGCACGAGAUCGGAAGCAACCCAAGAUAAGCCCCGAAUUGCUUGGUGAAGAGGGUAGUAAAAGCAAAAAGCAAUCAGUCGUAAAGUCUCGCAACCAGCGACGGUCAGACGCUCGAGCACGAACCGAUGCCCCCGACCAACCGUCAGACAGGCCCAAGCGUUGCAAAGACGCGCUGGACAAGGGGCUAGAAGCCUUCAAGGAACAGAAGUAUGAGCAGGCCAUUGAGCUCUUCAACCUAGCACUCGAGCUGCCAGGCAACGGGGCGUACCGGCUACCAGGCAGUCCGCGAGAGUACAGCUGUCCCUCUGAGGCGGAGGAGCGAGCUGCUCUGUACAACAUGGCAUGUGCGUAUGCGCAGCUGGGGCAGGCCGCCAGCUGCCUUACGUGUUUGGAGGCGGUGCUAGAGAGCGGCUUUGCGGACUUCCCUACGAUGCGGAGCGACCCCGACCUGGCUCCGGCACGGGGCCCAGCGUUUGAAGAGCUGCUUGGGAGGUACGACAGCCCGCUGGCCAAGCUGAAGAAGAUGCUGCCGAGCAAUAAGGACAAGCAGGUGCUCGUGUCCGAAACCAACAAGCCCUGGAUGCUCUGGUAGCCCACCCCCAGCGCUGCAACACCGGGGCUGCAGGUGUGCUGCUGACCUGCCCGCCCGCCAGUAUGGCGAUCCAGACCCGCAGAACCCAGCUGCGGUCCGCAGCAGCUCCAUCACCGCCACCAGCAGCUGCAGCUGCCUGGCUGUAGCGGCGCGAAUUUGCUCAGCGGUUCCGUAUUACCCUGCGGUUGUGCUGACAUGUGUUAGGGUUAGCGAAACGAGGAGGAGGCUAGCGAGCAACGCGGGUUAGGAAUUCCUCGUCACCAGGCUGGCACCGUGAGGCCAGGUCAGGUUGAUAACCAGAGCACUGUAACAUGUGACUGGAUGGAGGAGUGAAUUGGGGCGCAAUACGUGGUGCGGGUAGCUAUACAUACAUAGGGCUGUGCCUUGCUCGUCUGUUUCUAGCUUCUGUUGGGGUGUGAAUGGAGCCUUCCUAACAUGGCUACGGGAGGUAAUGACGUCGUUCGUUAGUGACCUCGGAUGCCAACGACGCAAGGUCAGCGGCAUGGGUGAAGGCGGUGCUGGCACGUGGACAUGCGUGAUACGCGAGGCGCAUGAGCGUAGGGAUCGAGGGGAGACGGGACGGCUGCAAGCAGGGGAAGCAGGUAUCGGGAAC